GAUAUGGUAAACAUGAGGAAAUUAAAUCUUCAUCAGAGUACAAAACAAAUUCUGGCCACAAAAUAGAGCGAAACACCAACGUCAAAGACCUGGGAGUGAUUAUGUCGGAGGAUCUCACCUUCAAGGACCAUAACAUUGUAUCAAUCGCAUCUGCUAGAAAAAUGACAGGAUGGAUAAUGAGAACCUUCAAAACUAGGGAGGCCAAGCCCAUGAUGACACUCUUCAGGUCACUUGUUCUAUCUAGGCUGGAAUACUGCUGCACUCUAACAGCACCUUUCAAGGCAGGUGAAAUUGCCGACCUAGAAAAUGUACAGAGAACUUUCACGGCGCGCAUAACGGAGAUAAAACACCUCAAUUACUGGGAGCGCUUGAGGUUUCUAAACCUGUAUUCCCUGGAACGCAGGAGGGAGAGAUACAUGAUUAUAUACACCUGGAAAAUCCUAGAGGGACUAGUACCGAACUUGCACACGAAAAUCACUCGCUACGAAAGCAAAAGACUUGGCAGACGAUGCACCAUCCCCCCAAUGAAAAGCAGGGGUGUCACUAGCACGUUAAGAGACCAUACAAUAAGUGUCAGGGGCCCGAGACUGUUCAACUGCCUCCCAGCACACAUAAGGGGGAUUACCAACAGACCCCUGGCAGUCUUCAAGCUGGCACUGGACAAGCACCUAAAGUCAGUUCCUGAUCAGCCGGGCUGUGGCUCGUACGUUGGUUUGCGUGCAGCCAGCAGCAACAGCCUGGUUGAUCAGGCGCUGAUCCACCAGGAGGCCUGGUCACAGACCGGGCUGCGGGGGCAUUGACCCCCGAAACUCUCUCCAGGUAAACUCCAGGUAAAACUCCAGGAUGUUACCGCGGAGGCUGGCUGGUAAACAAUGGCACGGGCGGCACAUGUGAGGCUGGCUGAGGGCGCACAUUGGACGCGUCUUGGACGAAAAUCGAGAGCAUACCACAUACAAGCACAAUGCCACAAUCUCCAGUACAUGCACAGGAGAAUAAGGACCAACAAGUGCAAUAUUCACAGGAACAUCACCCAAAAAUGGAAAACAAAGCCUGGGAAUGGGAAGAGAUAGAAAUUGACAUCGGAUGGGGAACCUUACGUGGAAAGGCAAAAGGCUCGGGAUCACAGUGUAUGUUGGGACUUCAUGGGUGGCUUGACAAUGCCAACACAUUUGAUCUCAUUGCUCCUUUUCUUCCUGAGGAUGUGAGAUUUAUCUCCCUUGACUUUCCUGGGCAUGGUCACUCAGAUCAUUUUCCCCCUGCCUUCAUCUAUGAUCCAAGAGGAUAUGUGGGUUCAGUAAAGAAGGCCAUGACUACCAUAGGCUGGAAUCGUUUCAUUCUCCUUGGACACAGUAUGGGAGCAGUAGUUGGGAUUAUAUAUACUUCAGUUUUCCCAGAAGAUGUAGAAGCUUUCAUCUCCAUUGAUAUAAUUAAACCUACCUCAUAUGCUCCUGAAAAAUAUGCUACACAAUACAAAAAAUAUUUUCUUCAGUAUUUGGAUAAUGAAAAGAAAGCUGCACAACCUGCAUUGGUAUAUGAUGAGGAAGAACUAGUUAGAAAGACAAUAGAAGGAAGUAAAUCCCUUGAUGAUAGAGGUGCUAGAAUUUUGCUGCAGAGAGGUGCAAGAAGAAUUGAGGAAGCUGAAGGUUUGAUUCUCACACGGGACCUACGAGCCAAAGUGUAUUUCAUAGGAUUCCUUUCCUCAGAGGGAUGGAUAGAAAUUGCGAAGGCAAUAACAUGCCCUCUUCUGUUUAUCAAGGCAAAGGAAGGUCAUACCUAUAGCUCAGCUGAAGAAAUUAAAGCUAUGUUAUCAGCAUUCAAGCAAGAUUGCAAGCAUUAUUGUUAUUAUGAGAUGCCAGGCAAACAUCACCUUCAUCUUACACAUCCCAAACCUGUUGCAGAAUGCAUAUUGAAUUUCAUAGAUGAAUGCAAGUCUAUUCUUCAACUGGUGCUAAUGAUAGUGUGAAUUAAGGUAGAGACAAGUUGGUUACUAAAUGUGAUGUAGAACUGUUCCUAAAUUAUUUACUAUUAAGUUUGACUGUGACCAAGAUAUUUUUUUAACCUGUUACUGCUUAUGUCCUAGAGUGUAUAAGCUAUUUAUUUAGUUUAGUUCACAAGUCCCAUUUUUUUUUUAA